UCCGUCCGUCCGACCGACCGUCAGUCCGUGCCUCGUGCGGGUUUGGGGACGGUUUUUGGUACGGCGCUGACACUGACAUGGCAGUGAUGGUCAGCUUCGAUCAGCGGGCUCGAUCAUCAGCAUCAUCGUGGGUCCGGCGUUCGUGCUCGCUACAGUAGCAGCACACUAUACGCAAACGAACCCUCAAUUUGGUGGUUUCGGGGAUCGAUCUUACGACGGUGGACAGCAGCAACAGCAGCAGCUGCUGCUACUCCACGACAAGACAACCGUAGACCGCCGACGGGUCGAAAACGGAUGCAAACGAGCAUCGGUAGCAGCGGAAGGAUCAAAAACGGAAACGAUGGAGAAGGUAGCGACGACGGCGACGAGCCUGGGAGAGGUUCGACGACAGCGAAGAGGAGAAGGCCACCAGUGGCGCAAGCGGCAUGAAGCGAGAAGGAGAGCAACAGUAGAAGAAGUCACUAACGCAGCAAAUCAUGAGGAGAAGACGAUGAGGAUCGGCGAUCACUGUGAGCCACUGAGGCUUCAGGAAGAGGAGAAGAAGCAGAAGGAGAAGGAGGACUCAAGUUCCUGUAGGACACCGCAGCGUAGCGAGCGGAUACCAUCGAUCGAGGAAGGCGAAUCACCGAUCGCCAUCCGGUGGAGCAACGUUGGUAGUAGUAGUAGUAGGAUAGCAUCGAUCGAAACCGAUCGAUCGCACGUCAUCGGUGAUGGCGAUCGGUGGUGGUGGUGGUUGGGCCUGUGGAGUAGAAGAGGAUCUCUGGGUGAGGUCAAUGACACCGGCACUCCUCCCGCCCACUCCUGUCGACGGAAAGAAACCGUAUCGUUUAGGAGAUCAUCCUAUUCCCACUGGACGAACGCGAACCGAUGGCUUACCGCCCUGCUGAUCGCAACGAUCGUACUGCUUGGACCGCUUGGGACGGUCGGUGCCGUCGCACCCAAGUACGAGACGGCGUACGCCUGCGAAGGCAAAACACUGAUGAUCGAGUGCGAGAACGGGGAUCUCAUUAAUCUGAUCCGAGCGAACUACGGUCGGUUCUCGAUCACGAUCUGCAACGAUCACGGUAACGUCGAUUGGAGCGUCAACUGUAUGUCACCGAAGAGUUUACGCGUGCUACACUCCAAGUGUGCGCAAAAGCAAAACUGCUCCGUGCUAGCAUCGACCACCAUGUUCGGUGACCCGUGCCCGGGGACACACAAGUACCUCGAGGCGCACUAUCAGUGCGUUUCGGCGGCACAAUCAUCGACGACGACGAACCGGCCAUCGCCACCGUGGCUCAAGACAUCGCAACCGAUCGUCUGGAGUACAUCGACCGUACGGAAUCCGGUGCUGAGUCGGUUGAACAUUACGCAGCACUCACCGUACGGUGGGGCCGUCACUACGCCGAUGGUCGGUGUAACGGUGGCCGCCGUUUCGACGUCGGGCGUAACAGCACGACCACCCGGUAUCGGUGGUAAGCUGCCAGGCGGUCAAGCGCUGCUUCCGCGCGGCAACGGUGGCGGCAGUGACCAGCAACAGCAUCCAGCAUCGGCCGGAGGCACGAACGGUGGCCAGACUACAGCGUUCCGGAACAAGGGUUUCGAGAACAAGAGCGUCAACGAUGAUCUGGCCAUCAUCAAGACGAUUAGCGAUCGUAAGAAGGCGGGUGCGGGGCCAGGUGUGUCCACGGCACCGACCGGUGGUGGUCGCAGACCUGGCGAUCCGGCGAACGAUGGCGAAGAAGAUGGCGACGGUGGGGAUCUGCUACCGACGCAGACGGCCGUCCUGUCCGGUGCACCAGGUCCCGGCGGGCGGAAGGAUGGGGCCAACACGAACGUGGUCAGCGUUGGUGGUGGUGUCAUCGGACCGACGGGUGGUGGUAGCAUUGGUGGAGUGAAUACGCAAAAUAAUAACCCCCAAGGCACGGCGAUCGAUGUGAGCCACGCGUGUGGUCCGAGCACGGCUCGGAAUCUCUUCUGGAAUGUGACACGCGUCGGCGAAGUCAACGUGCAGCCGUGCCCGGGCGGUGCGACCGGUAUUGCCAAGUGGCGCUGUGUUGCGGUCGCUUCGCUCACGCCCGAGCAACGCGUCCAUCUGCAGCAGGAACAUCAGCAGAUGCUGCAGCUUCAAGGUGGCGCUACGGUGACCACACCAACGGUGGCCACACUCGAUGCGCAAACCGAUAGUAGUAACAAAGGUGAUAUUAGUUUUAGUAGUAGUACCGGCAGCGGCAGCAGCAGCAGUAGCAACAUUCAUCUAACUAAUAGCGAUAAGCAAUCGUUGACGGAGGCAGCCGCGGCCACCUGGUACGCGUAUCAACCGGAUCUGACGCAGUGCCGUAGCCUCUGGUUGAACAAUCUGGAGGUGCGCGUACAACAACCCGAAUCGUCGCUCAUCUCGAUCGCCAACGAUCUGGCGCAGGUGACGAGCAGCAAAACACUGUACGGCGGUGACAUGCUGGUAGCGACCAAGAUCGUGCAAACGAUGUCCCAAAAGAUGCACUACGACAUCGAAACGAUA